AUGGCCCCCAUCAACUCGCUCGCCCUUGCGGCUACCGCUCUCCUGAGCUCCAUCGUCUCUGCCCACAUCAAGCUAGAGAACCCGGUCCCCUUCGCCAAAGACAAGCUCGAUACUAGCCCCAUCACGGCAAGCGACUUCCCCUGCAAACUCACCAACGGCUUCGCCAUCUCCACCAUGAACACCAUGCAAGCCGGCAGCCAGCAGACAGUCAAAUUCGCCGGCACUGCUGUCCACGGUGGCGGCUCCUGCCAACUUGCUAUCACCCUCGACAAGGAGCCAACCGCGAACUCCAAAUUCAAGGUCAUCCACUCCAUGGAAGGUGGCUGCCCCGGCGUCGACGGCGGCACGACGCCCUUCCCCUUCACGGUCCCUAAGGAAGUCCCCAGCGGCCAGGCGACGUUCGCGUGGACGUGGUUCGCCAAGCUGAGCGGCGCGCCGGAGAUGUACAUGAACUGCGCGCCGGUGGAGAUCACGGGCGGCGCGAGCGACGCUAGCGGGUUCGACAAGCUGCCGGAUAUGUUCGUGGCGAACGUCGGGACGGCGGAGUGUACGAGCCCGCAAAAUUUUGAUACGGCGUUCCCGAAUCCGGGGGAGUCGGUGGCGAGGUCGUCGAAUGUUAAUGCGAAGCCGCCGACGGGGUCGGGGUGUGAUGCUGGUGCUGGCUCGGGCUCAGACUCGGGUUCGGGAUCUGGCUCAGGAUCUGGCUCGGGCUCGGGCUCGGGCUCAGACUCAGUUCCUUCCUCCCCAUCAGCCGCUCCACCCAGCGGAUCCGGCUCUGCGUCCGAGUCCGCCGGCGGAAACAGCGGAUGUGGAACCGAGGGCGCGAUUGUCUGCAGUGGAACCGGCCAGUUUGGCCUGUGCAAUCAUGGCAAGGUGGUGUUCCAGCCCGUUGCUGCUGGGACGACGUGCCAGAACGGGAAGAUUCUCAAGAAGCGGGGGUUCUCCGGACGGUAUGCCAGGGACGUCGUUCGAAGGAAUUAGAUGCAUGAGGAACAGCGAGGAGAGAUGAGAGAUUGAUAUGAAUAGGAAGAAUGGAUUAUAUGGAAAGAAUGUGGAUUAUGAACAUAUGAUUGGAGGAUGACCAGGGUGAUGCUCAUGGUGAUGGACAAAGGAUGUGUGCCUUGUCUUUUUCAAUUCAUGUUCGAUACUUUUAACACUGCGUUGGCAUUCCUUGGCAGGAGCUUAACGAUCAUGUAUGAUUUACGGCGUUUCAGGGGCCACGAAGGGACGAUACAGGUACACAUAGAAGGGCACAAUGACCACGACAUGAUCAGAAACGAUGACCAAAUUUUAGCUCUAUACUUUGCCUAACUAUGAAAGACCAAUG